AUGUUUUCCGCUAACAAAUAUUGGCUUCCGAGCGUCGACAUUAAGUAUAUUCAGUUUCUUUGCUCUCUCUCUCUCUCUCUCUCACUCUCUCUCUCUCUCUCUCUCUCUCGCUCUCACUGGUUCGUUUUUGUAUUUUUUAUUCAUGUCAAUAUCAUAUUUUUUCUCCGUUUUUUGUUUUUCACUUUUUUUCUUGCCCAUUAUUACUUCAUGUUAUUUUUCUUUUAUCUUUUGUAUCUAUGCAAAUUUCCCCCGCAUAAACAGAUGACACAUAUGUACAUUAAUAUUAAUGUUUUCUUUCUUCCUUUGAACGAGCCUUCCUUUCGUUUUUUGCAUUUCGCACUUCCUUUGUUCAUUCACAUAGAUUCGUUCUUUCUUUCAUUCACUUUUUACUCGUGUUUUCAAUUUUCAUCAGCACACACUUCCAUGAAUUCUUCUCUUCCAUCCUACAUUUCCCUCCUUCUUUUCUUCUUUUCCUUCUUUUUUUCUUCAACUCUUUUUAUUUCCUUUAUCUAUCAUCAUAUAAUCCUUCCUUUAAUAUUUAAUUUGCUAUUUCCUUUUUUCUACUUUUUACCAUUUGAGUUUUUAUUCGUUACAUUCUUUUGUUUCCUGAACUAUGGCUUUCUCUCAUUUUUCUCUUCUUCUUUCUCUCCUUCUUUCUCUCAUUCCUUCUCUCUUUAUUUUCCUACACAUUUUCUCCAUUUAUUCCUUUUAUCUCUACCUUUCUUUUUCUGUUAUUCCUUGUCUUUCUUUAUUUUUUCUCUUCUUCCUUUUUUCUUACUUUCAUUCUUUUUUUCAUUAAUUUCUCACACUUUGUCGAACUUUUUCCCUUUUUUUUACUUCUUACCGUAA